GUGUGGCGGAGGGUGCUUAUCUCUGGCACGGUGACCCAUCUCGCCCAUACAUGAGCUAGAGCAGCGAGCGGCCAUUACAUUCCCAGAAUGGCUAACGAGGACCAGGAGAUGGAGCUAGAAGCUCUCCAGUCCAUUUAUGAAGGAGAUGACUGUUUUAAGGAAUUAGGGCCUUGCUCUUUCCAAUACAGGGUUGGUGAUAUUGGAGAUUCUAAAGCCUUCCUUAUUGAAAUAUCCUGGCCAGAAACCUACCCAGAAACUGCACCAAACAUAUCUAUGAAUGCCUUUUUCAACAAUCAAAUAUCCCCUGCUGUCAAACAGAGUAUAUUAAAAAUGUUACAAGAACAAGUAGAAGCUAAUCUUGGUACAUCAAUGACCUACACUUUAUUCGAAUAUGCCAAAGAUAACAAAGAAGUAUUAAUGGAAAAUCAUCAACCAUUCAACAAUGUUAUAACAUUAAUCGGAAAUGAUAAUACACCAGAGCCAGCAAAUGUAAACCUAUCAAGCAAGAAAAAAGAGAAAAAGGAGCAGUUAACUAAAGCCCAAAAGAAAAAAUUAGCAGACAAAACAGAUCACAAAGGAGAACUUCCCCGUGGAUGGAACUGGGUUGAUGUUAUUAAGGUAAUGCUUAUCUGUGAAGGUGUGUGCAGCACAUAUCUUUAGGGUGUGCUCCCCAGAGAAAGAGAGAGUAGUGUGUAUUUUUUGAGUUUAAUAAAAAUAUUUGAAAAGUGAAUAUUUAUUUGAUUACCUAUCAUAGGUUAGGUUUUCUCCAGAUAAGUUAA